CCAAGCUAGAGUGUUCGAUCCGUCCAGAGGGGGGUGAACGAAAAAACAAACCAAAAUUAUAUAUCCUGGGAAUGGGGACGGUAGAAGCAGGGCCCAGUCACUGGCCACGUUUCGCACCUUCAAUGCCGCACCAUGUCACUUUUCCGCUCUCACAGCGGGAAGGACACGCUAUGGAGGAUUCAGCCAACAAGGUCAAUGCUAGCGGCGGCCACCCUUCCGCAGAGUCGCUCCCGUCAAUAGGUUUCCUGGAUUUGGGUAAGAGCAAUAGUGCCAGCCCACGUUCACAGGUCCACCGUCAACCCGUGGCAGCAAACGGUUCUCCGCCUGUGAGUCCGACAACGGGUGCAUAUCAGCCCGGUCGUCCCCAGCAUAAAUAUUCUUCCUCUCUUCAGAACUACUCUUCCAUAUCAGCCGGAUACCCCUACUCACCGAAUCGGCUCCCAGUGCGAGAUGCUGAAACGGACCAGCACCAGCACCCACCUCUCCCGCAAACGCACUCCAAUCAACGCCAGUCCUUACCCUCCAUCCAUGAAGCUCUAGGAAGCAAUUCACUCUCCUUCCAGCCACCAUCAUCAGCAACAACGGCAGCACCACAUACACAAUCCUUAGCUACGUCACAUGCCCCUCUCCCACCAGGUGUUGAGAGCACAAACGGCCCGCCCAAUCCUUUUGCUCACACUGCAUGCUCUGUGCCUUUCGCUCAGGAACCCUUUGCGAACCACCUCUCCGGAAAACCUGCGUCGAUAAGGUCAGAAGGACAAAGGUCCAGCGUGGCCUCAAUUCGGUCCCAAGAGUCAAGGAAUCCGUCAAUAAUGUCAUUAGGUUCAGGGAGAUCCCCAACCCAGAGCUCUAGGACGGCACAAUCCCAAGCUUCCGGCUGUGAUAUCCAGGGUGCAGGCCUCACAGGCUCGAUGCCUUCGCCAUCAGCAUAUGGAGCUUAUCCUCCGGGAUAUCAAUACCCUCCUAAUGGGUCGCAACCGCAUGUAGCACGGCCUCCAGCGCUUUAUGAGGUCAAAGGAAACUCAACGAUCGAACCCGGGAAGGCCGGUGCCAUCUCCAGAGCUCCUUCGGUUCCGUAUGGCGAGUCUGUAAAGCGCCAACUGGAUGUUUUUGAUUUGCAGGCUGCUUGGAACGAGGUUGGCGAUGCCAGUGCCAAAACCAUGGAUUUCUCGAGAAUCCACGCGACGCGCAUGUACCAGUCGAAUAGAGCGGAUCAGACACUUCCGACGUUGGGCGAGAUUGAUGAUUUGCUUCAACUUCAGCGCCGGAACCUGGAGGCCCUCGGAAGGAUUCGAAAUGCGGUACUGGAUCAGGAGCACGCCAUAGCGCAACAACGCGAGCGUAUGCGAAUGAUGCAGAGCGAGCGAGGCUACAACCAUGAUCGAUCUACCGGCUACAGAGAAGAAUUCAAGGGCAGCGGUGGCUUUGCUGGCGGUGAUGCUAAGAAGCGUCGAGGGAAACCAGCUCCACCGGGCAAAUGCCACAGCUGCAACCGAUCCGAAACUCCCGAAUGGCGCAGGGGUCCCGACGGUGCUCGGACUCUCUGCAAUGCCUGCGGCCUGCACUUUGCCAAGCUCUCCCGAAAACUCGGCCCCGAGGCCGCUGCCCGCCUGAGAUCGCGCAACAUGGUUGAUCCGCGGACGCCUGCAGCACAACCGUGAUAUUUAUUAUAUUGCAUUCAUGAUGUAUUUUUGCUUUAUUUUUUGCUUCCCCCUUUUUUCCCACUCAAGAAAAAAAAAAGAAGGCACGAUACCUUUUGCUUUAUCUUUUUAGUUUUAACGAGACACGGCGGACGCUUUUGAUCUUUAUAUUCCAGGCAUCUAGACAUACAAGGAUGGCCACUUCGUGGGUCCCUUCGAUAUACCUUCGGUUCUUAUUUUUCUCCCUGCGGUUUUUGACGGAGCAUUAUGACCAAUUUCAUUUUGUCCACAACUUGUCUGAGCUCUUAGUUUUCCUGUCUGAUGGAAUUUGCUCUUUCUACUCCGUAGUGUUGCCAGAUUUCCGAUACCCCCUGAUACCCCCGAUUGUCACCGUUUGGGUUUCUCUCCCCUUUUUUUUUUUCUUCUUUUUUCUUUUUUUUUUUUCUUUUUCCCCAUCACGGUUUUGUUUUCUAUUUCUUUUCAAAACUGGAAUCCAAUGAAUGGCCCUUUUCUGCGGGAGUUUUACAUUUGAAAGGUCAAAAUAUGUCUGUUCCGUUCUGGGUUUAUCAUGACAUCUAUCUCUUGGGGUAUUAUUUAUCAAAUGAAAAUAAGGAUGGGCCAGCGAGGGGUCGAAACAGGGACUCUUUUGCUGCCAUUUCGACAAUUUUAUUCCUA